UGUAAAUGUGUGCUGUUUUGAUGGAAGACCCAUAUGGAACGUAGUUGCGGAUUCGUAACUUUAUUUCUCCUUGCUGUUCAGACAUCGGUGCCAUAUGAGUGCACGGAUAAGACUUGCGCCGAGCUGCGCGAUGGAGGAUGGUCUCAAGGAGUAGAGACUCGUCUGAAUGAUGAAGGCGACUGUAACAUCGACAUCCACAAUGCGGAGUCCCUGUCAUACACAGCGUUUAUCCAACAAUAUGCCUACUCUAAACCAGUAAUACUCAGAGGAGUGACAGACAACACGAAGUUCCGCUUCCUGUGUUCGAAGUCUCACUUGCUCCAGGAAUAUGGAGAGAGAACUAUCCGUCUGAGUACUGCCAAUACACACUCCUACAAUAAAGUGGAUGUUCGCUUUGAGGAGUUUGUGAAAUAUCUGUUGACUCCUCAGUCUGUGGACUCCCUUGGCAGCGAAACCCUGUAUUUUUUCGGUGAUAAUAACUUCACUGAGUGGCAUUCUCUGUUUGAUGAAUAUGACGCUCCGCCCUAUAAUCUGCCACACACCAGCCCAGCAUACAGCUUUGGCAUUGCAGGGCCUGGGACUGGGGUGCCAUUUCACUGGCAUGGCCCAGGCUUCUCUGAAGUCAUCUACGGCAGAAAACGCUGGUUCCUCUACCCUCCUGAGCAGGCUCCUGAAUUCCACCCCAACCACACCACUCUGUCCUGGGUCACACACUCUUAUCCAGGCUUGGGGAUCCAGCAGAGACCUCUGGAAUGUACUAUCCACCCAGGAGAGGUGCUGUAUUUUCCCGACCGUUGGUGGCAUGCUACACUUAAUCUGGACACCAGUGUAUUCAUUUCUACGUUUUUGGGAUGAGUUGACUCCUAAGUAAUUCAACAAACAUUUAGAAUUUUCUUGACCAUUCAGCCUGACAUUCAUAACAGUACAACUCCACCACAGUAACCCUCUAAUACCAAGCAAAGGGACCAAACAACUCUCCCACGCCAGGCUUAGCAGUCGUUAGUAUAAGAUGUAUUUCUCAGCAUUGUGAUAUCUUAUACUGAAGAGGAUUUGCUUGAUUAUACAGAGAACCAAUGGAAAUACGUCAUUACUUUGAUGGCAAAUCAAAUCUUUUAAGAUCCAGAGUAACAGCCAGAUUCAGCAUCUCUCCAGUGGUUUCAGUUUUGGGCAGAUCAGUGAGUCACUUCAGUGAUUCACUUCAGUUCGUCACAAUGAAUUAUGCCCCACCCCCCACCACCCCCCAGCCUUGGCCUCGCCACGUGGACAGUGAAAGGGUUUGGUCAGAUGUGAA